AGCAAAGCAAUAAAAAGAAACUAAACGGAAGAUUCAUGUUUAUUGUAUACCAACACAUACCCUAAAAUGACACGUGUUUGCGUUUUUUUGCUUUGUGUUGCAUUUUUUGCACUUAUUGAUGCGCGACCAAAGACAGCUCAAUUGAAGGACUCUAAAAAAAGUUCAGAACUUGUCAAGUUGAAUGAUCCUUCAUUGGGGCAAAAAAUUAUAAACAGGAUUAAAAAACCUUUUGAACAUGUGAUCAAUAGUUUAAAAAAUGGUAUUGCUCAAAAAAGGAAACAAAACCCCCAAGAAGAUGCUACUUGAAUGGUUAUUGUUCUUCUGGUAAAAAAGAAAUUACGCAAAAAAAUUAACGAAAUAAAAA